CUCUCUCUCUCUCUCUCUCCAUAUCUUUUCUCUUCGUAUCUUUUUGUUGCAAAAAAAAAAGAUACAAAAGUCAUGUCUGCUGCGUUAAUACAAUCACUCCUCGUGAUAUUCGUGACCCUCAUACUGAGAAUCCUAUACGACACCGUUUCGUGCUACUGGCUAACGCCUAGGCGCAUAAGGAAGAUGAUGGAACGGCAAGGAGUGACCGGACCCAAACCACGUCCGAUCACCGGAAACAUCCUCGAGAUCGCUUCCAUGGUGUCUCGGUCCGUCGCUAAUGACUGCAACUCCGUCCAUCACGACAUCGUCGGUCGCCUUCUUCCCCAUUACGUGGCUUGGUCCAAGCAGUACGGGAAGAGGUUCAUAAUGUGGAACGGGACGGAGCCGAGGUUGUGCCUGACGGAGACGGAGAUGAUAAAGGAGCUUCUAACGAGGCAUAAUGGCGCGACGGGGAAGUCGUGGCUGCAGCAGCAGGGCUCGAAGAACUUCAUCGGUUACGGCCUCCUCAUGGCGAAUGGCGACGACUGGCACCACCAGCGCCAUCCCCCCGCCGCUGCAUUUACCCGACACCGGCUCAAGAAGUAUGCUGAGCACAUGGUGGAAUGCACGAGGAGAACGACGGAGAGACUCGCCGGCGGCGGCGGCCGGGAGGUGGAGAUAGGGGAGGAGAUGCGGCGGCUACCGGCCGAUAUAAUAUCUGUUACCGUGUUCGGUAGUAACUACGACAAGGGCAAACAUAUCUUCCGCCUCCUCUAUGUCCUCCAACGCCUCUGUUCCCAAGCCACUCGCCACCUCUGUUUCCCCGGCAGCCGAUUUCUUCCGAGCAAGUACAAUAGGGAGAUAAAAUCAUUGAAAACGGAAGUUGAACGUAUGUUGAUGGAGAUAAUACAAGGCCGACGAGAUCGCGUAGAGAUCUGCCGGAGCAGCUCGUACGGAAACGAUCUUCUAGGGCUUCUACUAAACGACAUGGACAAUAACAAGACCAACAAUCUCUUGAAUCUACAGAUCAUAAUGGACGAGUGCAAAACGUUCUUUUUCGCCGGCCACGAGACCACCACCCUGCUCCUCACGUGGACCGUCAUGCUCCUCGCCGGAAAUCCUACGUGGCAGGACAAAGUCCGGGACGAAGUCCGUCGUGUCUGUGAUCGCGACGGCGUUCCCUCCGUCGAUCAUCUCUCUAAGCUCACCAUGUUGGGCAUGGUUAUAAACGAGUCUCUGAGGCUCUAUCCACCGGCGACUCUUCUACCAAGAAUGGCAUUCGAAGACAUAAAACUCGGCGAUUUGAUCGUCCCCAAGGGCUUAUCCAUUUGGAUUCCCGUCCUCGCCAUUCAUCAUUCCGAGGAUCUUUGGGGAAAAGACGCGAACGAGUUCAAUCCAGGGAGAUUCGCUGCCAAAACGUUCGGACCAGCUGGUGGUCGCCAUUUCAUGCCCUUUGCGGCUGGUCCGAGGAACUGUAUCGGACAGUCAUUCGCGAUGAUGGAGGCGAAAAUAAUACUAGCGAUGCUGAUUUCUAAGUUCAGCUUCACGAUAUCGGAGAAUUAUAGGCAUGCCCCCGUCGUCGUGCUUACCAUAAAGCCCAAGUAUGGCGUUCAAGUGAUAUUGAAGCCAUUGGAUUCAUGAAGGGUAUUUUUGUUUUCGGAGGGUUUAGGGUUUUUGGGGUUACAAUCAAUUUUGUA